AUGCUUAUCUGCAUAUUCAGCAUCUUUUUCCUUGUUGGUUUCUCAAGAGGUUCUUUAAUUAAUGUCAAUUUUGAUGAAAAUUAAUCGUGGCAAACCACAAUAUUUAAUUCAGAGUUUAUUACUUUUAAAGUUACCUAAUAAAAAUCGAUAUAUUGCUAUGUUAACAUUACUUUAGAAUAUAAAGAUCCUAAUUUUUUAAUUAUGGCAGAUUACAAACAAUUACCUAAAACUAAUCUGAUAUUAAAAUAUAAAUAAGGUGAAAAAAUAGAUAGAAUAAGGUAAAAUUUUAUUCUAUUUUUGAGCUAACUGGAAAAUAGAAAAACUAGAUUUUUAAAAUUGAAGGGAAACUCAGCGGAUAUUUAUAUAACAGUAAUGGCAGAUUAUUUAGAAAAUAAAUAUAAUAUCUCCAUUAUUAGAAGUAAUGAUGAAAUUUGUGAAAAUUAAUGUUUUUUAUAAAAUGGAAUUUGCAAAGUAAAAUAAAUUUGAAUUAAGAGCGAUGGCUGUCAUUGUUUAAAUUCCUUCAUUGGUAAUGAUUGUAGUCAACAAUCAUAGGAAUUGAUUUUUGGAAAUGAAUAUGACAUUAAUUCAGAGUUUAAUACAUCAAUCAGGUUCUUUUCAAUUAAUCUUUAACCUUUAAUCAGAUAAACUUUGUAACUUUAUUUUUAGGUAUAAAUAAAUAAGUCAAUAAAUUUAGACUGAUUGUAAAAAUUGUUUAGCAAUCAUUAUUUAUAAAACCAAGGCUCUUUUGCAAACAGAUUUUGAUAAAAAUUAAGAUUAUGUUAAAAUGUAUUAAAUUGAAGAUCAAUAAGCAACAAUUUUAACAGAAGUUCCAUAAACUUUACCUGCUUCUUAAAAUAUCUUAAAUUUUGCAGUAAUAAUUAAAUAUUCUGAUAAUUAAAAAACCAAUUUAAAAAUUGGAUUCAAUUAAUAAAUCUCAUAGGAUGAUGACACUUAAACUGAAAUGAAACUUUAUAUAAUAAUUCCAUCAAUAGGUGGAGGAAUAAUAUUUAUUGGUGUCCUCUUUUUUUGUUUAUGCAAAUAUAUUAAGAAAUAGAAUCCUGAUAUUAAUUAAGUGGUUGCAUAAGAUCCAAAUGUUAACAAUAAUUAAAUCUAAAUUAAUUAAAAUAAUAUUCAUGUAAAUUUAAAAAUAAAAAUGAGCUUGAUUAUUAGGAAAAAUCAGAUAAUUGUGCUAUAUGUUUAGAUAGCUUAGAAGAACCAAAUUUAAAAGUUGUCAAAAUUAAAUGUUGGUAUAUAAAGUUAUCUAAUUCAGUCAUCAGUUUCAUUAGUAAUGCAUUUAAAAUUGGUCUGAAAAAAGGAAUUCCUGUCCAUUGUGUUAAAAACUAUUUGAUAAGAGUGAAAUUUUUUGA